UUGUUUACAAGUGACUGUAAUUACCUAAACUCUUUAUAUAGGGCCUCAUACCAAUAGUCAAUGCUCAUCAAUAACACUACCAAAGAGUAAAUUUCUAGUAUUCAAUAUUUGUUCUUGAGCUUCAUAUAUUUUUGCUCAUAAAAUGGCAGAAGAAGUGACUCUAUUAGAUUUUUGGUGCAGUAUGUAUGGCAUGAGGGCAAGAAUUGCACUUGCGGAAAAAGGUGUGAAAUAUGAGUACAAAGAAGAAGAUUUGAAGAAUAAGAGUCCUUUGCUUUUACAAAUGAAUCCUAUUCAUAAGAAAAUUCCAGUAUUAAUUCACAAUGGAAAAUCAAUUUGUGAAUCACUUGUUAUAGUUCAAUAUGUAGAUGAUGUUUGGAAAGGAACUGGUCCUGUGCUUAUUCCUUCUGAUCCUUAUGAGAAAGCUCAAGCUUGGUUCUGGUCUGAUUACAUGGACAAUACUGAACAUGAAUACGCAAGAAAGACAUGGGCAUCAAAAGGAGAAGAGCAAAAACAAGCAAUCAAAGACUUUUUAGGUGGACUUAAAUUGCUAGAAGGAGUACUUGGUGACAAACCAUAUUUUGGAGGAGACAGUUUUGGAUUUCUUGAUGUAUCUUUGAUUGGUUACUAUAGUUGGUUUCUUGCCUAUGAAACAUUUGGGAAAUUUAAUGUAGAAUCAGAAUGUCCCAAAUUGAUUUCAUGGGUGAAAAGGUGUUUGGAAAGGGAUAGUGUGUCUAAGGCACUUCCUGAUCCUCAGAAAGUUUGUGAGUUUGUCCUCCAACUCAGGAAGAAAUUUGGAUUGGAAUGAGCAAAAACAAGAGUCCUCUUUGUUAGGGAGUGCUUACUUUUUGUCAAGAGUUUAGGUUCAGUCGGGCUUCAAUAUGAGUAUCAUAUAUCGAACGAAAAAAAAGACAUGUACAUGUCUAUUGUUGGACUUUUUACUUAUUUUUUGUUUUGUUUUAUGGAUUUCACGUAUGUAAUAAAUGUUCUCCCUUUAUGAUGA